CAAUCGCCCUCCCCCCAGCACAUGGACUGUCGAUGACCAAAUUCAGAACGAACAAAUAACUUGAGGAGAAACGAAGGAUACGUCUAUCGAAGACCGAUUGGAAGCGAUGGACCCCAAGAAACUAGCCAACCAAGGCGACGAACUCUGGAAGCGAUCGGACAAACUUAAUGCGGAAUUCUUUGCGCUCAGCUACGGAUCUCUGGUCGUCCAACUCGUCAAGGAUUACGAGGAUUACUCGCAGGUUAAUCAACAGCUCGAUAAGAUGGGAUAUAACAUAGGCACGAGACUGAUAGAGGAUCUCCUAGCGCGGUCCUCGCUACCACGAUGCAGUGACUUCCGGGAGGUAGGCGAGGUGGUGUCGAAGGUAGCCUUCAAGAUGUUCCUAGGCUACUCGCCUCACGUCAGCCAUAACCCGCAGGUGACGAGCGGCCUGCGUGAAUUCACCCUAUCCUUCGACGAGAACGUCCUGGCCGAGUUUGUCGAGCUUCCCGAGGACGCCCUCGGUGCACAAGUCAAGCCCGGCCCGUCCGCAGCGGGCGCCGAGACUGGCUCCGUAGGCGGGCUGUGGUACAGUCAGAUCCUUUGUGGGGUCAUCAGGGGCGCACUAGAAAUGGUCGGUAUGGCCGUCGAAGCUAAAUUUGUCUCUGAUGUCCUUCGUGGUGACGAUACAACUGAGAUCAAAGUAAGGCUAAUCAAGUACUUGGACGAUGAAGUACCACAAGGAGAUGAUUGAUUUCGAUAAGGGCUGCCCCUUCAAGCGCCCAACUUGCCAUGUAACAGCCAUCAGAUAUUUUCAAAAAAAAAAAAAAAAAAAAAAAACCCCGCGAACUGUCGCUUUUAUCUCGGUUACCGUGUUUAUUUUAGUUGUUUUUGUUGUAAUUUGUGUGAAGGGUUAUGUUCUGUAUACCCAUCCAAUCCGGGAUGAUAUGAUGCUGCAUGAAUCUCAAACUUCAAAACCAGAGCCAGGUUUUACUCCCAUGUAGGUCAUGCGUUGUCAACACCACAAACUUCCUUCCCCUUUUUGGAUAACGAUGCAUAUUCCAUAUUCCGGGCCUCCAUCAGCUACAAACACCACUAGAGUAAACAUAGGGAAUGGUAGUGAUCCAGAGGAGGAAAUAGACAUGAUGGAAAAAAAAAUGUUACUGGUAAAAUGUCAAUUCAAAUAGCAGAUAUUCAAGAAAAAUGUAUGACAAGA